CGGAGAGGAAUACGGGCACGGAGAUACACUACCGCAACUGGGCACGGAACGGAGUUUGCUUACACGGACACAGAUGCGGCUGCGCGCAUGGAUUAUCUAAGGUCUGACUCAGCACACGUGCGUCCGAGAAAAUUUUUCUCUUAGUGGAGCGCUGGAAAGGGCGAGAAAAAACAGAAGAGAAAAAGCCCAUAGCUAUAAAAGGAGUUGUUUUUUCAUGUUUUUUCUGAGCGCAGAAAAUUUGUUUCUGAAUCAUCUGAGCGGUCAUUCUUAAUUUUCUGUAUCUCGCUUCUUGUGCCAUGUCCUCCAGUGAUCUUGAUUUCCUCGACCGUAACACUAACAGCAGCUCUCUCGGGCUUGCUGGCCUCUCUUCCCUCAGCAACCUCAACACCCUCAAAAAUCUCAGCACACUCAGCAACAUCAACAGCAUCAGCUCCCUCAACAACAUCAGUCGCAACUCUCCCGCAAAUCCUAGCUCCACUGUUGGGCCCAACAGCACGAGCAAUGCCAGCGCUACCCAUGCAAACACUCUCAAUGUCUCUACUGCUCCCUCAACCGAUGCCUCUCCAACCAGAAAGCCCUACAAGAAGGAGAGCUACGAGCAUAUAAAAACACAUUUCCCUGCUGCUAGAAUAAAAAAACUAAUGCAAAGUGAUGACGAUAUUGGUAAAGUCGCCCAAGCUACUCCCGUUGUUGUUGGUAAAGCCUUGGAGAUAUUUCUCUGCAAACUUGUGGAAAAAUCCUGUGAUGAAGCAAGAUUGGCUGGUGCUAAAAAGAUAAAUGCUUUGCAUGUCAAGAGUGCUGUCGAUCGAAAUGAAAAGUUUGAUUUCUUGGUGGAUUUAGUUGCAAAGUAUGGCAAUACCCACCAUUCCAAUUCGAACUCCACCUCUAAUUCUAAUUCCAAUUCCAAUACUAAUCCCAUAAAUACCCCCACUACUGCCACAUACUCUAAUACUGUGAAUAAAAGCAAUAAUAGCAACAACAGUUUUAGCAAUAAUUACCACUGAUCAUAAUUUCAAUAUGAUUAUUGACAGUAAUAAUACUUUCUAAAAUUCAAUUUCAACUAAUUAUAAUCAAUAAAAAAAAUGUUAAUUAAUAUGAUAGCCACGAUUACUAACCAUAAUCA